AUGCAAUCGGACAUACUGCGUUACUACCGCAUUAACAAGGCUUUCAUGUCGCAAAUCGGCACUUGGCCUUAUCAGAGCAGGACCAUGAGGAUAUUAAUACCAACCCUGCUAGCGAUCAUCGACGUCAGCUAUGUUAUAGCAGAGAUGAUACGAAUGUUUGAUACUUGGGGUGAUAUCGACAUUGCAGUUGAGUGCACAAUUUCGACUAUAAUUGUAAUUGCCUGUUUCACAAAGUUAUUCAAUCUUGGCUUUAGAAUUAAUGAGAUGCGAUACCUAUUUUCUUUGAUCGAAUAUCAUUGGCAAGUAUUUAACAAUUCCACGGACAUCGAGAUCUUACAGGAUUACGUUAUAUUCUGUAGAAAAGUGGUAAUAUUUUACGCAACUUACGUUUAUGUGUCGACGUCAUUGUAUUUGUUAAUGCCAAUAUCGCCGCAGAUUCUGGACAUUGUGAUGCCUCUCAAUGAGAGUCGUCCGCGAAGGUUUUUGUUUGAAGUCGAAUAUCACAUAGAUCGGGAGAAAUACUAUUAUUUCAUUUUGUUUCAUUCGUAUGUGGCGGUUAUAGCGGUCAUGUCGAUUGUAGUGUGCGCCGAUACUACUUACAUAGCGUACGUGCAGCAUGGCUGCAGUUUAUUCGCAGCCAUUGGAUAUCGAUUAGAACAUAUAGUUAUAAUUUCGAAAGAACACCAAUUUCAGACAAGCUAUCUUACGAAAAAUGAUGAAAGAACAUGUCGAGACAUGGAAAUAAAAGAUAUUUAUUUUAAAGAGACAGUUUUUCGCGAAUUAAUUAUCUGCUUGCAAAAACAUCAAUUGGCAAUACAGUAUGCCCGCUUAUUGGAAUCUUCAUUUAUGUUAUCGACAGGCAUCCAACUGUCAUGUAACGUGAUCGCUUUGAGUCUUGUAGGAAUUCAAGUAAUGAGUAAUCUUGACAGUACCGAGGAUUUCAUUAGAUACGUCUCCUUGUCCGCAGGAGCGUUUUUUCAUCUUUUGUGCAUGUCUCUGCCGGGGCAGAGAUUGAUGGAUCAUAGCAUAAACAUAUUUGAUAAAACUUGUAGAUCGCAUUGGUAUACAUUUUCCUUAAAAAGCAAAAGGCUGUUACGGAUAUUGCUUUACAGAAGUCUCGAGCCGUGCACGUUAACCGCCGGUAAAAUAUACGUGAUGUCAAUGGCCAAUUAUAGCACGGUAGUACAGACCGCUAUGUCUUACUUCAUGACGUUCUCAUCUCUAAAAUAACGAUUGCGUUUAUUUUAGUUAAAUAUCUUUUGUAGCAUUAUAUACUGUGAUAAUACUCUUAAAGUCAUGUAUAAAGUGUGUUUUGCAAAAAUAUAUCGUUUAUUUUAU